AUGAAUGCUCACGAAGAUCAGAGAGGGGAGAGGAUAGAUCGGGCGCUCGAGAGCGGAAAGACGUUCUUGUCCGUGCUGGAGGUCCUGACCGACGGCGCCGUUGUCUGCGGACCCCUCAAGGUCGCCGUCCAGCUCUCGAAGGGACUGCUCGAGGCUGUCGAGAAAGCCCGGAAGAACCGGAAGGACUGCAAGGACCUCGCCCACGACACGUUCAAGUUGAUUUUCAUUAUCGUCGAGGUUUUGAAGGGAAAGACCGACAAAGACGUACCCGAGCGCCUCAAGCUUCGUCUGGAAGAUGUGGCUGAUGUCCUGCUGCAAGUAAAAGACGGUCUUGAGCAGCUAAAACUGAACAAAAACUUCUCGUUCGCAUCGCUGUGCAAGGCGCUUCGGAGGCGUAACUUGGUGGCGGAGGAGAUAUCAGGAUACCGAGAUCAGAUCAAUGCGUGUCUACAACGUUUCCAGUUCGCCGUCACUAACAAUCUUGUCCUGGACAUGAGUAUGGGUUUUGCGAGGCUCGAAGGCAUGAUCCAUAACAUCGGCGGGAACUUCGACGCAUUCCCGACCGCCGCCCCCGUCCUGCCAAAUCUUCCCAUAUCGUCCGUCAAACCUCCGCUUUACUUCUUCGGACGGGACGACCUCGUGACCGAACUGGUCGGCAAAUUCACCGGGACCACCCAGCAUCACGUCGCCCUUCUCGGCACUGGCGGCAUCGGAAAGACUUCCGUCGCGUUGUCCGUCAUAGACCACGAAACCGUCAAGUCAAAGCAUCGCUGCUCCUUCAUCCGUUGUGAUCCCAUCCUCACCGCCCCAUCCCUCGUUCUCGCCAUCAUCCAGGGCAUCACAGGCAGCAACGCCUCGCAAGGUGGUGAUCUGGUCGCCAAACUCGAAUUGACCUUGCGAGCUGCCGGCCCGGUCAUCCUUGUCCUGGACAAUUUCGAGAGUCCGUGGGAUGCUGGAGGGACUCGAGGGGAUCUUGGCGAUGUGCUCCGCACGCUGACCGCGUUGCCGAAUGUGCAGCUGAUAGUGACCAUGCGAGGUGAUUCCCCGCCGGCAAAGGACAAGGUUCAUUGGUCGCCCGUAUUUCUCGAACCUUUGUCGUCUAGCUCUGCAAGGAAGCUGUUCCUGUCGGUGAAUCCCGAUACCCCGGAAGACGAGCAUCUCGACCUCGAUCGCCUCCUCGAGCAGUGCGGCGGCCUACCUCUAGCCAUCAAUCUGCUCGCCAACGUGAAGGGGACGUUGCCUUGCUCCAGCCUCCUGCGGCAAUGGAAGACUCGGUCCACUUCCCUGCUCAAGGACGAGCACCAGUCUCCCACACGUCUCACAAGUCUAGACGUAUCCAUUUCUUUGUCCCUCCAUUCUGCGGCGAUGAAAAGCGUUCCAGAGGCGAAGGAACUGUUGGCCUUGAUAUGCCGGCUUCCCGACGGCAUCAAAGGCGGGAUCCAGCAGCUCAUUGACAUGGACCUCGGGCUGGAGGACGUGGAUGGCGCUCUUGCGACUAUACUUUCAGCUGCCUUGGCAUUCAGGGGUCCUGACGGCAGCAUCCAAGUGCUUUCGCCCAUUCGUCAAUACGUCUUGACACAUCAUGUCCUUGCGAAGCGGCAGUUAGAAGCAUUGGUGCGCUAUUACGUUGAUCUGGUCAACGAACACGCCGACAAGGAACCUGGGGACGAGGGGUUCAAACAUGCCUACGACAUUCUCACGCCCGAGAUGGGCAACAUCAUCUUCCUGUUCAAGGAGGAACUCAACCCGAACAAGGGCAACCCUCAAGCCAUCGCUCGGGCAGCUUUCGAGUUCACCGCUUUUCAAUACUGGUCACGGCCCUCGACCGAGCUCAUCGAUGUAUUACUAGGAGAUUGGGGCGACUAUGACAUGGGUGUUUCACAUGCUGAUGGCUUGAUUGCCCGGGCAAAGAUGUUGACGCGGAUGGACAAGUAUCCGCCAGCGCAGAAUGACCUUGAAGCUGCCCUACAGGAGUCUAACCUGGCCGGCGACCAAGCGGCAGUGGGACGUUGUCAGCAAAGUUUGGGCGACAUCCAUCGCAUGCGCCACGAGUACGACGAGGCGAUCGAGAAGCUCACUCGGGCUCUCGAG